AUGAAUGAAAAAAAGGUGACAGAUAUUAUAGAUGAUGUUGGUCACUCAUACUCAGUCGGUAUUACUGAGGAUAGCCUUUGGAUACUAUUAACUGGAUAUCCCAAAAAGGAAUCAACAAUCGGGAAUUCAGCUUUUGAACUUCUUCUUGAAGUUGCCAAAGCAGGAGGGAAAGGGAUCAACACAAUGGAUCUGGCCCAUGUGACUGGUCAAGAUCCUAGAAGUGUGACAGGACGUAUCAAAAAAAUAAACCACUUGUUAACGAGCUCGCAAUUGAUUUACAAAGGGCAUGUUGUGAAACUAUUAAAGCUUAAACGAUAUAGUCAUGACGGGGCCGAUAAUAAUCCCUAUAUUAACAUCAGAGACCAUUUAGCAACAAUCGUUGAAGUAGUAAAACGGUCUAAAAAUGGUAUUCGUCAGAUAAUUGAUUUGAAACGUGAAUUGAAGUUUGAUAAAGAGAAAAGACUCUCUAAAGCCUUUAUUGCAGCGAUUGCAUGGCUGGAUGAAAAAGAAUACUUAAAGAAAGUGCUUGUGGUGUCGCCAAAAAAUCCUGCUGUUAAAAUCAGAUGUGUGAAAUACAUGAAAGACGUUCCAGAUUCUAAAGGCUCACCUACGUUUGAGUAUGAUAGUAAUAGUGCUGAUGAGGAUUCUGUAUUAGACAACAAGGCAAGUUUGGAAGAUGAAGACUCUGUUGAAGGUUUGGAUAAUUUCAAUGCAACUGAUCUAUUGCAAAAUCAAGGCCUUGUCGUUGAAGACAAAGAAAAUGCUGUGAAGAAUAAAGUCCUUCUUAAUCGAUUCUAUCCAUUGCAAAAUCAGACUUACGAUAUUGCAGAUAAGUCCGGUCUCAAAGGAAUUUCAACUAUGGAUGUUGUUAAUCGAGUAACAGGAAAGGAAUUCCAGCGAGCUUUUACAAAAUCAAGCGAGUACUAUUUAGAAAGUCUAGAUAAACAAAAAGACAAUAUAGGCGGGUAUAGACUUUUCCGCAUAUACGAUUUUGAGGGAAAGAAAAAGUUCUUUAGGCUAUUCACAGCUCACAACUUUCAAAAGUUGACAAAUGCAGAAGAUCAAAUAUCUGUUACAGAAGGAUUUGAUGAACCAGGCAAAUCACAUACCGAUUUGAAAACUCUUAACGAGAAAAAUUUCGUGGCUCUCAAUAAUACUGUUAGAUUCACAAAGGACAGUGAUGGCCAUGAUAUAUUUUUCUGGCACGGUGAUUUGAAAAUUCCGCUGAAUUCGAAGAAAACUCCGAACAAUAAAAAGCGGAAGAGGCAGACUAGAAACACUACUGAUAAUUCUGUGACGGUGAACAAUGUCUCAACUCCAAAAAGGAUUAAGCUCGAGCAACAUGUUAGUACUGUGCAGGAGAUAAAAGCUACAGAAGACAGCCCAAUUUCAAACAGAAGUGGCACUGUCAAAGGUAAGGUAGUUAACUUUGGUGGUUUUUCGGCCCGUUCUUUGCGUUCGUUACAAAGGCAGAGAGCAAUCUUGAAUGUUAUGAAUAAAAUCGGUGGUGUAGCAUACUUGAGGGAACAAUUCUAUGAUGUUGUUUCCAAGUUUAUGGGCUCUGCAACAACAUUGGAUAAAAAGACUGUUCGGGGAGAUGUUGACUUGAUGGUAGAAAAUCAAAAAUUAGGAGCAAGAACAGAGCCUGCGUCAGGAAGAAAGAUCAUUUUUUUGCCCAGCAUUGGAGAGGACGUUAUUCAAACAUACAUUUUGAAAGAGAAAGAUAGCAAGAAAGCAACCUAUACCGAUGUUAUACAUGAUACGGAUAUAUACUUUUUUGACCAAACGGAAAGAAAUAGAUUUCAUAGAGGGAAGAAAUCUGUUGAAAGAAUUCGUAAGUUUCAGAACCACCAAAAAAAUGCAAAGACUAAAACUUCAGAACGGGUGAGCUCUAAGAAAAACACAUUAGUCGGUGUAUCAGACGGAAUCAUUAAAAGCAGAGACAAAAAAACAUCUGCGAGUAGAGCGCCGGUGGUUGUUGAAAAUGAUAAAGGAAGUAAGACAAUCUAUCAUGCUGGUACUAAAGAAGGUGUUCAAGCCUUAAUCAGAGCUGUUGUCAUCACUAAAAGUAUCAGAAACGAAAUUGUGUGGAAUGAAAUAACAAAGUUGUUUCCUAAUAACUCUUUAGAUAAUCUAAAAAAGAAGUGGACAGCACGCCGAGUUAGAAUGGGCCAUAGUGGCUGGAGGGCAUAUAUAGAUAAGUGGAAAAAAAUGCUUGUCCUAGCUAUCAAAGCUGAAAGAAUCUCAUUGAAGGAUGUUGAAGAACUAGAUCUCCCUAAAUUGCUCGACAUUUGGACGUCAUUUGAUGAGAAAGAAAUAAAGAAAUCAUUAUAUCUUUAUAAGAACUAUGAGGAGAAUAGGAAAAGACUCACUCUUAUUCGUGACGAUACAUUGGUACAGUCUAACAAUGAUCUGGCUAUGUCUUCAAUGAUUCAAAGAGAGAUUUCUUCACUAAAGAAGACUUACACUAGAAGGGUUUCCAGUUUUACUAAAGACUCAGGGAAGAUUCAAAGCGACGAUUAUAUCCGUACAGUGAUUCGGUCGAUUCUAAUUGAAAACUCUUCGAUUACUCGAAAUGAAAUAGAGGCAUUGAAGAAUGUAGGAAAAGAGUCAAUAGAUAAUGUUAUUAUGGAUAUGGCUAGAGAGAAGCAAGUUUAUCUGCAUGGUGCAAAACUUGAAUGUACUGACACACUACUAGACAUUUUGAAAAGUAAAGGAAACUACAAAGACUUCGAAAUUGCUUUUCAAUAUAGAACUAAGAUUAAUGAGCUAUUGGAGGUUGGAAACGCCAUUGUUAUUAACCAAGAACCAUCCGACAUAUCUUCAUGGGUAUUAGUUGAUUUGGUUUCUUCUGAGUUAUUGAGCAUGAAUAUAAUACCAAUGAUGAGAAACGUUCGGCCAUUGACUUAUACUUCAAGAAGAUUUGAAAUAAGAACCCUAACUCCACCUUUAAUUAUAUAUUCCAAAUUGCAAUCAAAAUUGAACAAGCCAAAACAAUCUGCUGUCCAUAUUCCGCUUGGAAAGCCCUUUUCCCGUUUGUGGGUUGAUGGAUAUGGUUCCAUUAGACCAAAUAUAUGGAAGCAAGUAGUUACUAUGGUCGUCAAUGAAAUACAAUUUCAUCCAGGAAUAACCCUGAGCAGGUUGCAAUUUAAAUGCCGUGAAGUACUUUCGCUCCAAGAAAUUUCUGAAAUAUGCAAGUGGCUCCUAGAAAGACAAGUUUUAAUGAAUAUGGGCUUUAGUGGUUUCUGGGUUAACCAUAACUGGUAUUCUCUGUUUGAGUUUACGUAA